UGAAGACUUUCAGGAUAUUCCGAUGCCUCGAGAAUGGAGCUCCCUUGAUUCGGCCGAAGAGAAUUGCCCUAGCUGACAAGACCCUCUAUUUGCCAAAAUUGAAGCCAUCCCAGCAGCCGACAGGUAAAAUUUUAGUCGAAAAAGUUUUCCCUUUUCCCGUUAAAUCAGUUUCCAUGGACGACAUUUUCGAUUCUUCCCUCAAUCUUGAAGAGACACACUUGAAGGAAGGCUUUGCCGAGGGCUAUAAAGAUGGUCUAGUCGCUGGCAAAGAAGAGGCAGAACAAGUAGGCCUUAAAGUUGGUUUCGAGGUCGGCGAGGAGCUAGGAUUCUACAGAGGGUGCGUGGACGUGUGGAAUUCUGUAAUUCGGAUCGAACCAGAACGGUUCUCGAUUCGGGUUCGGAAGAGUGUGAAGCAGAUGGAGGAGUUGGUAGAGAAAUACCCGCUUCAGGACCCCGAGAAUGAGCAAGUUCAGGAGCUGAUGGAAGGGUUGAGGCUCAAAUUCAGAGCGAUUUCCGCCACUUUGGGUGUCAAAUUGGAGUAUACUGGCUAUCCUAAAUCGACUUCAGAUGGAAAGGAUAUUGAAUUUCCUGCAGUAAAGAGAAAAAAAAUGUCAAAAUUGGUUCUUGCUUGCUGCAAGGUUUACAUUUCAGAAAGCAGAAACAAGGCUGGGCUGGAGUCAAUUGAACAAGCUGCCAAGCUCUUCCCUGAUGCACCCAUUAUCAACAAGUUCACGGAUGAGGUAUAUAACAGGGUUGGAUAUACCCUUGUUUCCAAGCUCCCAUCACAGCCAUCUGGAAAGUCUUGUUCCCUGAGAAGUGCGGUCCUGAACAUGGUUAAGGCUGCAUUUUCAGCAAUUGACUUAAAUUUGCAUUGUGGCAGCCACCCACGACUCGGAGUUGUGGAUCAUAUAUGCUUUCAUCCUUUGGCUUCUGCGUCUUUGGAUGAUGCCGCUGUAAUUGCAAAAUCUUUGGCAGCUGAUAUUGGAUGUGGUCUACAAGUCCCAACAUUUCUAUAUGGAGCGGCUCAUGAAGAGGGGAGGAAGUUGGCAAUGAUCAGAAGAGAGCUGGGUUAUUUCAAGCCAAAUUCUGAUGGCUUACUGUGGGCUGGAGGGCUGAAAUCAGAUUCAUUGCCACUGAGGCCAGAUGAGGGUCCAGCUGAAGCAAGUAAAGCAAAAGGCGUUGUGGUGAUUGGAGCAACAAAGUGGGUUGAUAACUACAAUGUCCCGAUUUUCUCUACCAAUAUCGGCGCUAUUCGUAAAAUUGCAAAGCAAGUGAGCGAGAGAGGAGGUGGACUUUCUUCUGUUCAAGCAAUGGCCCUUGCUCAUGAUGAAGGAGUGAUUGAGGUGGCUUGUAAUUUGCUUGAAUCAAAUAAAGUGGGAGGGAAAAUGGUUCAGCAGGAAGUUGAACGGCUUGCAGAAAAUGAAGGUUUAGGUGUGGGGAAAGGAUAUUUCACAGACCUCUCGCAAGAGAGUAUUAUUGAAAGGUACCUCAAAUUGCUUUCUUUGUAACCUUGAGAUUUACAUUUAACCUCUCAUAUCUUUUGUAUCUUAUACUUUGGAUUUUAUUAUACCACCACUUGACAUCGUGUUGAAACUUUUGAUAUUCUAAGUAUGUGGUUUAAAGAUUCGAACCGUUCUUUUUU